CAGUGCAUGGAAGUGAACGAGAACGAUUCGUUCAUUUAAAAGAUUCGUUCUGAAACACCGAUUCGUUAACAGCUCUAACUGUGAUCCACUUCGAGACAUUUAGCUAAAUGUUUUGGAUGCAGUCUUGGUUACCGUUUUUGCGUGAAAAAACUUAAAACUGGCGUUCACAGCAGACCGCAGAACCUCACCAGUGGAAACUUUUUAGUCACGGAAACAUUGUUCUUCUGGGUUUCUGGUUUUGGAUCCUUUGCACUGUCCCAGGCAAUGUAGUUUCAGUGUUUCUCUGUUCUGUAUAAGUUGUUAUCAUAACCGCCGUUUUAAUAUGUUUUGAAGCAUCUGCUUUUAUAUGCUGGCCGAUCAGCUCGUGCGAACCUGCCAACGCCUUUACUCUGGCUUCGCUAUUCUUCAGGCUGCAGGAAAAUUACUACAACGUUCGGUAUUAAAGAUUCUUAUUAAUCGUUUUAUAAACAUUUCGCAAAAUGGGUUGCACGUUAAGUGUUGAAGAUAAAGCAGCGAUGGAGAGGAGUAAGAUGAUUGAUCGGAACCUGCGAGAGGACGGAGAAAAAGCAUCCAGAGAAGUCAAACUACUGCUGCUCGGUGCUGGGGAAUCAGGGAAGAGUACAAUAGUUAAGCAAAUGAAGAUCAUUCAUGAAGAUGGCUACUCAGAUGAGGAGUGCAAGCAGUAUAAAGUUGUGGUUUAUAGCAACACUAUUCAGUCCAUCAUUGCCAUUAUCAGGGCCAUGGGCCGCUUAAAGAUCGACUUUGGGGAUCCUGCAAGAGCGGACGAUGCUCGGCAGCUCUUUGUGCUCGCCGGCACUGCAGAGGAAGGAGUCAUGACCCCUGAGCUCUCUGGGGUCAUCCGUCGGCUGUGGAAGGACGAAGGAGGGCAGACGUGUUUCAUCAGAUCACGAGAGUAUCAGCUCAAUGAUUCAGCAGCCUACUAUCUGAAUGAUCUGGAUAGGAUAUCCCAGCCCACCUACAUGCCCACUCAACAAGAUGUGCUGAGGACUCGAGUCAAGACCACUGGCAUUGUAGAAACACACUUCACCUUCAAAGAGCUCUACUUCAAGAUGUUUGAUGUUGGUGGCCAGCGUUCAGAGCGGAAGAAAUGGAUUCAUUGUUUUGAAGGCGUCACUGCUAUUAUCUUCUGUGUGGCACUCAGCGACUAUGACCUGGUGCUAGCUGAAGACGAAGAGAUGAACCGUAUGCAUGAGAGCAUGAAGCUUUUUGACAGCAUCUGCAACAACAAAUGGUUCACAGACACAUCCAUCAUUCUCUUCCUCAAUAAGAAGGAUCUGUUCGAGGAGAAGAUCAAGAGAAGUCCACUCACGAUAUGCUACCCAGAAUACUCUGGAACAAGCACAUACGAGGAGGCAGCGGCCUACAUCCAGUGCCAGUUUGAGGAUCUGAACAGAAGAAAGGACACAAAGGAGAUCUACACACACUUCACUUGUGCCACAGACACCAAGAACGUACAGUUUGUGUUUGAUGCGGUCACUGAUGUCAUCAUCAAGAAUAACCUCAUAGAGUGUGGCCUCUAUUGAAGCAUCAUCUGUCUGCUAAGAACAUAGAACCAUACGGAUAAAAAAAGCACAGACCAGUGCUGAAAAUCUGGAACGAGAGACUUCCUCCCCACUGGAUGCAUUCUUCACGCUAAAUGCGGUACCUAUGCCCAUGGACAAUUUUUCCCCAUCCGUUCUUAAUGACAGUCUGUUAUGGACAUUAUUUCUUUGCCACUUCCUUUUAGUCAUUAUUUUAUUGCCAAUACAGCUUCAUUCUGCUCAUUUCCUGUUUCCGUUGUAGGUAUUACAUGACACACCACUAUGCAUAGAUCAUAAUCCACAAUGGAUGGUAAUAUGUGCCUAUGCUAACCUCCACUGCAUCAAAGAUCUUUGUUUUUUUCAACACUGCAAAGUGCAAACAGUAAGAUUUAAUUUUAGUAAGAGUCAUUUUAAUAACAAUGUAUCAGUUCUUAUGGGAAAGUUACUAUUUUGCCAUGUUUUUCAUAGUAAUUACUUAGCUAAUUUAUAAUUUUUUUAGGUCUGUCUUUAAGUUUGCAUAUAAUUGUAUACAUAUCAGAUGUAUAUUGUGUUAUAUAAUUGUCAUACCUUUAGUAAUUCACAGCCCAAU